AAACAACCUUUUUCUCUCACCCAAACCCGCAAACACUUUGAUUGUAUCUCUCAACCACGGUUAAGAACGCAAUCAUGUCUUUCGGAAAGCUGUACAGCUACUCGGGUAACCCGCGCACCACAUCGCUCCUCGCGGUCGCAAAGGAGAACGGGCUCGACAUCGAGUUUGUCGACACUGAGCCUGCGAAGGGUGUCUCAACAGAGUACCUGAAGCUCAACAAGCUCGGCAAGGUCCCCACCUUCGAGGGCGCUGACGGCUUCGUUCUCUCCGAGUGCAUUGCCAUCGCUGUCUAUCUGGCCUCGCAGAACGAGAAGACCAGCCUCCUUGGAAAGACCAAGCAGGACUACGCCACCAUCCUGCGAUGGAUGUCCUUUGCCAACACUGAGAUCCUCACCCCCCUCGGUGGCUGGUUCCGUCCCAUCCUCGGUCGUGACCCCUACAACAAGAAGAACGUCGAGGACUCACAGAAGGCCGCUCUCAAGGCCGUUCACGUUCUUGAGGAGCACCUGCUCACCCACACAUACCUCGUCAACGAGCGCCUGACUCUUGCCGAUCUGUUCUCCGCUAGUAUCAUCGCUCGCGGUUUCCAGUACUUCUUCGACAAGCAGUGGCGCGACUCGAACCCCAACGUCACUCGAUGGUACGAGACUGUUUGCAACCAGGCCAGCUACAGCGCUGUUGCCGGUAAGCUUGAGUUCAUCACCGAGGCGUUGAAGAACGUUGCACCCAAGAAGGAGGGUGGUGAGAAGAAGAAGGACGCCCCCAAGGCUGCUAAGCCCAAGAAGGAGGAGCCCGAGGAGGAAGAGGAGGAGGCCCCUGCUGCUCCCAAGCCCAAGCACCCUCUCGAGGCUCUGCCCCGUGCCACAUUCGUCCUUGACGACUGGAAGCGCAAGUACUCCAACGAGGAGACCCGCGAGGUUGCCCUUCCAUGGUUCUGGGAGAACGUCAACUUCGAGGAGUACUCUCUCUACAAGGUCGACUACAAGUACAACGACGAGUUGACCCUCACAUUCAUGACCUCCAACUUGAUUGGUGGUUUCUUCGCCCGUCUCGAGGGCAGCCGCAAGUACCUCUUCGGUUGCACUUCAGUGUACGGCGAGUCCAACAACUCCGUCAUCAAGGGUGCCUUCCUUGUCCGCGGUCAGGAGGCUCUCCCCGCUUUCGACGUCGCUCCCGACUACGAGAGCUACGAGUUCACCAAGCUCGACCCCACCAAGGCCGAGGACAAGGAGUUCGUCAACGACCAGUGGUCGUGGGACAAGCCCAUCGUCGUCGACGGCAAGGAGUACCCCUGGGCUGACGGCAAGGUCUUCAAGUAGACGCUUUUUCUUCAAAACGGGGUUGAUUAGUUCAUUUACGAAGCGGAUGAUUUAUGAUCUGGAAUGGGCAUGGGUACGGAUGGAAGUGUUCACGAACAGAAUUGGGUCACCUUUGUAGAUCAGUGAUCUCAGUGACGACCCGGAUAUAGAGGCUUGAAAAUGCUAAAGAGAUAUCCACGAUGCUC